GCGCGCCUGAGGGCGGCUCGCGAGCCACUGCGCAUGCGCCUGCACCCUGAGACAAAGUGCGGCUGCGCGGCGACGCCAAAACCUACUACUGCGCCUGCGCCGUGGGGCCAAGUGUAGCACUGCGCAUGCGCAACUGCGGAGCGUGUGGCAUCUUUCCUGCGCGUGCGCUUCGCCCCUCAGUCAGGGUUGUGGGCUCUCCGCGCGUGCGGGCUGCGCUGUCUCUCUCUCCCCUUCUUCUCGGCGCUUUCGCCACCAUUUUGUGUUUUAACCGUGGUUCGCGCCGUUGUUUUCACUCGUCGUUUUCGGUCGAAACAACGGCCCUAUGGCGGAGAGUCACUCAGCGGCCGGGCAGGGCGAGUACGUGCCUUUGAGCGGGUGCGGAGCGCCCGGAUCGGAGCCCGAAACCCGGCGGCUGAGCGAGCUGCGCGUGAUAGAUCUGCGGGCGGAGCUGAAGCGCCGCAAUUUGGAUAGCGGUGGGAACAAGAGCGUCCUGACGGAGCGGCUCAGGAAGGCCAUUGAGGAGGAAGGGGGGAAUCCCGAUGAAAUACCAGUGAUCUCCGAAAACACAGUCAAGAGAACUCCAAAAAGAAGCAGCAAAGGACGUAGACCAGACGAGGAGGGAGCUGAAGACAACGGCCUGGAGGAGGAUUCUGGAGAUGGACAGGAGGAUAUUGAAGCAAGUUUGGAUAACUUGCAAGAUAUUGACAUGAUGGAUAUUAGUGUGUUAGAUGAAGCUGAAAUAGAUAAUGGCAAUGCUGUAGAUUGCGGAGAGGAUUACAGUGCUGAUAAUAUUCUUGACUCACUGUCUGAUAGUAAAGAAAAUGCUGAUGCAGAAAUGAAAGAACUUCCAGAUCAGCCUACAGACUAUGCUGUAGGUAACUUGGAGGCAUCCCCACAAUUUUCAGAAAUUAAAGAAGAAACAAGAGAAAUACCAGUAAUGAUGGUGGAGGUUGAAGACGUUGGAAACAGUUUUGAUGCCGCUUCAUCUGAAUUAAUUGAAAUAAAGGAAAUUGAAGAACUACCUUUGGAGCCAGAAAAUGAGAAAAUACUCGACAUUUUGGGGGAAACUUGUAAAUCUGAGCUCCUUAACGAAGAAACCUCCGAAGCGGAGCAGCCCCAUGCACAGGAAGCAAGUAACGUGGUGCCAGGCAAGAGGCUAGCAGAGGAAGAGGACGCUCUUGGUGCCGCUCAGUCGGAGGAAGAUGCUUUAGAUUUGGACAGCAAAUCGGCACAAGCUAUGGCAAGGAAGGAGGCAAAGCGUUUAGUAGUAGCAAAAGGGGAGACAAGUGAACAGACAAUAGAGGAAGAGAAGCUGGACUCUGGCUCUUUAGUAGUAGAGAGCGUAAGCGAUCAGAGUAGCAAGCGCUGCCAAGGCCUGGAAGCCUCUAGUGGGGAAACAGCGGAGAGAGGCGCAGGCCCCGAAGGCAAAGAUAGCAAAGAAGAAGGCAAGAAAACAGAAGACAAAGCUAAUUCAGAGGAAUCCCCUGCUACUAAAGAGUCCUCAGCCAGUGAGGGCGGUGAUCAGAAAAAGAGCCCUGUUGAGGAGGACAGAGAUACAAAGCAAGCCUCCAAGGAUGAGAAAGGCCGUGCAGGCAGUGGUUCUGGCAGAAAUCUCUGGGUCAGUGGUCUCUCAUCCUCCACGAGAGCAACGGACUUGAAGAAUCUUUUCAGCAAGUACGGGAAGGUGGUUGGUGCAAAAGUGGUGACAAAUGCUCGCAGCCCGGGUUCUCGCUGCUACGGCUUCGUGACGAUGUCCACGUCUGAAGAAGCCACCAAGUGCAUUAAUCACCUCCACAGGACAGAGCUGCACGGGAAGAUGAUUUCUGUGGAGAAGGCGAAAAAUGAACCAGCUGGGAAAAAGCCUUCGGACAGAAAGGAAGGUGAAGCACGGAAGGACAAGGACAGGCACCACUCUGCAGAUUCCAAAUCCGAGAAGUCUGCUGGUGUUAAAAAGGAGGAGAAGGCUGACAAAAAAGAUGAUGCGAAGAAAUCGGAGAAAGAUUCAAAAGAUGAGAAAGAGGGGAAAGAGAAAGAGGAGCAGAAAGCUGGGGCCUCUGAUCGAUCCAGGGCGAGCAAAUCAGCAAGUCGAGGAACUGAAAGGACAGUGGUAAUGGAUAAAUCUAAAGGAGAACCCGUUAUUAGUGUGAAAACGUCAGCCUCCAAGGAGAGGAGCACGAAAAGCCAGGACCGCAAAUCCGAGAGCAAGGAGAAGCAAGAUAUCUUGUCGUUUGAUAAAAUCAAGGAGCAGCGGGAACGUGAGCGGCAGCGGCAGAGGGAGCGAGAGAUCAGGGAAACGGAGAGGCGCCGAGAGAGAGAAAGGCGAGAACGAGAGCAGCGCCUGCAGGCCAUUCACGAGCGGGAUGAAAGGCAGAGGCUCCAGAGAGAGCGGGAGCGACUUGAAUUUCAAAGGCAGCGUCUUGACAGAGAGCGCUUGGAGAGGGAGAGAUUGGAGAGGGAGAGAAUGCACAUCGAGCAGGAGAGGAGGAGAGAGCAGGAGCGAAUCCAGCGGGAGAGGGAAGAGCUGCGGCGGCAGCAGGAGCAGCUGCGCUACGAGCAGGAGCGGAGAUCUGCCAUGAGGAGGCCGUACGAUGAUGGCAGUGUUGAUCUUCAGAAAAAGCUGAAGUCACACCGAGGCGAGAUGAUCCGUACUGGCCGGAGGCGAAGCGCAUGGCGCUGGAUGACAGGUACCACUCCGAGUUUGUUCGCCAGGACCGCUUCCACGACUUCGACCACAGGGAUCGCGGCCGAUACCAGGAUCAUUCCUUGGACAGGAGAGAAGGUUCAAGAGGAAUACCAGAUCGAGAUGGGCAGCAUUACCCGGAUGAGCGGCACGGAGCGCCCGAGCGCCACGCGCGGGAUUCCCGCGAUGCCUGGGGUUACGGCUCCGACCGCAGGAUGAACGAGGGCAGAGGGAUUCCCCCGCAGACCCGGUUAGUGCCCGGCGCGUGAGGGACGCGAGGCGCUGCCGCUCUGCUCCUGCAGUGGGUGAACCCUCGCAGGGCGGUGGCAGGAGCGGUCUCACGGCACGAAUCCCUUCUCCUCGUCGUUCCUUUGAGCAUUUCUCCCCUCUGGACACGUAAGGAGUUCAGGGAGCGAAGAGGCGCUCUUUGUAAGCAGCUUCCCUGGUACAGAGGAGGUUGGGUGCUGUUAGCUGCUGCAGGGAGCCCCACAGAGGCAGCGCUCGCAGUUAGCGCUCAGGUGUUGAGCAGGUGGAGGGCACGGGGGGAGCUGAGCCCGGUGCUGGUGGUUCCCGUGCGAGGCAGUGGCUCAGGCUGGACGCCCCGGGUGCACGGCGCUCGGUUCUGUGCAGGCACGCCAGGCAGUUGGUCCGUGUCUAAUCCAGUCUGUUGUGACACUAAGCACCUAGGUCGCUCCGAAAGUCGUGCCUCCUGCGCUGAGAAAAAAACGAUAAGGGACGCACCUAGAAGAUUUUCUUUUAUUUUUUUAAGAGAUGGACGUGACUGGGGAGAUCAUGGUCGAAAGUUAGAGGGGCAUCAAGAUCGUUCAUGGCAGGGCAGUGUGGCUGGAGGAAUGAUGGGACGGGAUCAUGAGAGAUGGCAAGGUACACUUGCUGCUUACCAGUGUGAUCGU